AUGGAGCCCCUCUUCGCAGUUGUGUUCGCCUUGCUGGCGGUAGUAAUGUACAUGUGUCGAUGGGCUUCUUAUCCUUCUAUUACCAAACACUCCGAGACUAAAGCAAUGCAGCCACAGUCAGAUUCACACGCGGACUCAAAAACUGAUUUGGUUACAAAAGAGCUAGACCUGCCCGUAGACUGGCUCACAUCACGCUCGAUCUGCGAACUCGAGAGACGCGCCAUCUUCAGCAAGGAAUGGCUCCCCCUCACCUUGACCCCUCUUUUUCCAUCUCCAGGUGUAUAUCAUACCACCACGCCCGCAGGAAUCCCACUCUUCGCGAUCAAGUCUAAAGAUUCGAGAAUUCGCGUAUUCCACAACGUCUGCCGGCACAGGGCAUACCCCGUUAUUUAUAAGGAAAGAGAUUCAGGCAAGUCAUUGGUCCUGGCUUGUCGGUAUCAUGGUUGGAGCUAUGAUUCUUGUGGGAAGCUCAUCAAGGCGCCGAAGUUCGAUGGGUUGGAGGGAUUUGAGCGGAGCCAAAAUGGACUUUUUGGAGUCAGGACCAAAGUAAUCAAUGGAGUUGUCUGGGUUAACCUCAGCAUGGAAGAAACAGACGAAGAUGAUGGGAAAGUGGAGGAGGGGAUAGGAAUGAAUGUAAGAAUGGUGGAGGAUAUCGGCAUUAAGAUUGGCAAAUCCAGCUGGAUUGGCGGAGGGGUAAUGGAGGGUGGGUUUAACUGGAAAAUGGCCUUACCCACAAAGCACCUCACAAACGCCCUGGGGAUAGAGCAUAUAUCGGCAUAUCCCUCGCUCUACCGUUCAUUAAUCUAUGCCAUCCAACGGUCCUUUCAUUUGCAGGAAGAACCAACGCCCUCAUCGACCUACCUCUUCCCAAGCAUGUUUCUUUUCAAUAUCCCCGGCUUAGAAUGCUUAAUUUCGUUGAGCAUUCUCCCCCAAUCUGAGCGGACGACUUCGGUCCGAUAUGAUCUAUACAACCACAGCCAGGGAGGGUCAAACGCGCAGGAAUUGAGUUCUCUUCGGGGGGAUCUCGAGAGCAAGAUCAAAAACAUGAUAUCGGGACUGGAGAGAGCAUAUCAGAAUCAUUCAUCCAUUAGUAGCAGGGAUUCAACUCCAGCCUCCACUCCGGGUCACAAACUAUUAGACCUUUAUCUCGAGUCCGCAAGUACACAAACCCGCAUCCUCACCCAUCUAAAGGACCACGCAAAGCUGGAAAGAUCCCUCGGCGAAGAAAUAUAUCCUGCAAAGCGAGAACCGCGAGUCAAUGCAAGAUAUGAGCAGGCUGAGAAACGUCUAGCCAACAAGCUUACCUCCACUAGUUUGCAAAGAAUUGGAUUGCCUUAG